AAUUAAUGCUAUUUUUUUUUUAAUUAUAAAAUUCAUUAUUAAUAUUUAUUUUAAAUAAAUAUAAAUCGUUUUCAGUUAUUGCUUGCACCUACCCCAUAUAUAAUUGGCAUUCCCGCAAGUUUUUUGAUGUUUAAACGUAACUUUAAACUUCCCGAUGAUGUUUGGCUAGUAGAUUUGGAUUCUAAUAAGAUUGUUAAGCCAACUGGUAUAGAAGACUUGCCUCCGUUACCCGAACCAGAAGCCACAAUUCUUCAGAAUCAUUUGAAACAAGCGUUAGCGUCGAUGAGUAUGAGCCCGCAGCCAAUCAAAAAUCUUGAUAAAAUUCAACCUGGAGCGGUAAAUCGGCUUGUCGCCCAAGAGCCUCCGCCGCCACCGCUGACAACUGGAUUUAAUCCUCUAAUUUAUGGCAAUGAUGUGGAUUCUGUUGAUAUAGCAACACGAAUUGCUAUGGUGCGAUUUUUUAAUUCUCCAAAUUUGCUUGCAAAUUUUACGGAACACACGCGGACACUUCGGCUUUAUCCGAGACCAGUUGUUGCUUUUCAAAUUAACAGUUUCCUUCAAUCACGGCCAAAAGCGUCUUAUUUUCUCAGUAAAUUUGUACGAACACAGGCUGUAGAAUUUUUUGCAGAAUGGUCUCUCUGUCCUACAAAUUUAUCAUUUCAAAGAGUUCAUACUGGUGUAUUCGAUCCAACGCUCGUUGGAGACAAAGCAAAAUGGUAUACUAAUCAGUUAGAACCAUUGCGAUUUAAUGUUUGGAAUGAAAACAGUUCACUUGGCAAUGCCCUUACAACUGCUACUCAAAAUGAUGAUUUAACUACAGGUAGACUAGAUUUUUAUGUAAUUUAAUGAAUAAUGUACAGUUUCUACUUUUAUUACUGUAAUAAAUGAAUUUGUCUCCAAAACUCGGGA